AUGGUAAAGGGGAAAGGGAAGAGAUUAGACAGAGCUUCGUCGGUUUCGUGGAUAGUGUGCUUGCUAUGCAGGGUGAUUCUCCUAUCAAAAAACUUCUCGUUAAAGUGCAUCACUGGUGUCCAUCCAGAUACUGUGAAUCGCUGGAUACGCAAUGUGCUGCGGCGUGGUGUCUCUGACCUCAAUCUCUUCACUGAUUUUUCCGACGAGGACACCGAAGAGGAUAGUUGUCUGCCUAGAGAGCUGUUCUUGAGUAGUACACUCGUCAAGCUAAAGCUAAGAAGUGAACACUGUGUUGAUUGGUGGUGGCGUGGCGGAAUGAUGGGCUAUUCCUUUACCUUACCGAUGCUUAAAAGUCUUGAUAUUGAUUCGCACUUGAUCUUUUGUGGUGAGAUUGAGGAGUUUAUUCCUUCUUUCCCUGUGCUUGAGGAACUACGAAUGGCUAACAUGGACUGGGGAGAAACGGAUGUGACCGUGUCGAGUGCAAGCCUCAGAAAGCUAAGUCUUCCACGGCACUGGUUGUGA